AUGGACGCCAAGGGCGCCUCUGCCUCAACGACGCCCAGAGGCAUUCGGAAAUCCAACUCGACAAAAUCCGCUGGUGCACACUCUACCAAAUCACACGAAUCCGUCGACGUUCUCGGCGUCCACCCCUUUGGAACCCUGCGCGUCCUGAGACCGGAAUGGUCUCCUCGCAUAUCCGAACAGAUGAUUACGGCCGGCAGCCAUGAAGAAGCUUCUUCUCCUCUUCCUCCUCCUCCUCCUCUAGACUUCCCUGCGGAAAGUGCCUAUGGUCUGGUCGGAAACCACCUUCCCAGUCGCGACACUUCUUCUGCGAGCCCGACCAAAAGAUGCGCGGAUCCUCAGGCCCAUCAAAUGGGAGGGGGCGACGUAGCCGUCAUCCUCGAUCUCCCAGAAGUCUUCCUCGUUGCCUACGACAGCGUUUCCUUCACGGCGCACAACUUUGCCGGUGUGAGGGAUAUCCCACCUGGGCCGCACUUCUUCUGGGUUGCUCACCCAAGUGGUGUUGCUGCGCGCGCCGGAGUCUGGCUUCUCGGCUCGGAAUCCCAGGACCAUGUUCACGUUGUGCAAUGGGACUCGUACAACGAGGUGCUGACCGAGGCUACCCGCUCAGAGUCUCGCAACAGCGCCGAGAACAUGCCGAACAUUCAUGCUCAGCUUAUUCCAUAUCCCGACCCGUCGCGCCUCGCUCAGGGUCCAGGCCGGCUAUCCGUGUCCCAGAUGGAGAGCAACCGCAGCAUCUGGGCCCAGUUGACCACUCAUGUCAAUGCGACAAUCUUGAACAGAAUCACCGGACCCCAGGUGGGUGGCUGGAUCGUGCAUACCCUUGAUCGUGCUCAGGGCGCCCUUCAGUUCUCUCCCGAGGUUGAACUGGAGCGAGCCGUGCCAAAUAAGAAUCUCCAACGGCGAGAGCUGAACUUUACUUUUGAAACGACAACCAGGCUCUUCUCGAUCGAGUCUCUUGGGGCUGAGCGCACACAGGAGGCCAUGGACCCCAGCGUCUAUCUCAUGUCCCAGAUCGAAGACCCUGACAAGAACCUGGCUUAUGAAGACCUCGUUGGGGAGUUUCAGUUUUCAUUCAUUGUGGGAGUCCACCUUGGGAACGACGCCAGCCUCGAGCAAUGGUGGUUCAUGCUACUCAAACUCCUCGUCAAGUCCCAUCUCCUGCUGCAGGAGCAGCCCUUGCUUGUGGCUUCCAUGUGGCGCACCGUCGCCGCGCAAAUCACAUACAGCAGUCAAUGGAUGGAGAGCUCCGUUCUUGACAACACCGAGUCCAGGUGUCGAGAGCUUCGCAUCGGCCUCAUCGUUUACAAACGCCGCAUGGAGGAGUUCCUCUCAGACGACGAGAACGUUGUUACAUCAGACCAUCUCUCCGUCAGCACGGCCUUUUCCAGGCUAGAGGCCGUCUUGACCGACCUAGGGUGGGAUCUUAGCGGCGACUACCUCAGAAAGGGCGUUGUCAUGAUGGAAGAUGGAGAACAAGUAGAACUGGAGCUGACUGACUUGGAGGCUGAGGACGAGCGUGGCGAAUGGGCACCCGAGCUUGUUGAGCUUGACGAGGAUGGCCGUGAGCGAGGCUUGAUUUCGUGGUCUUCCUAG